AUGAUUGGACCGACUCUCCUCAAAACCACCACUAUUGUGCUUGCUGCCGUUGGAGCGGUGUUUGCUGCUCCCUCUCCUGCCCUUCAAGCACGGUCCAAGUCGCCGAUCACGCAUCUCGGCAACAAAGGUCCAAUUCUGUCCGGUGGCGUGGCGACCAAGGAUCUGGUCUAUACAAGCGGCACUGUUCCUUCCGUCAACGGAACCAUCCCUGAAGGAAUCGAGGCUCAGGUGGCCGCUGUUAUUGAUAACAUUUCUCUUAUCCUUGAAGAGGCAGGUACAUCGUGGGAGUACGCAAUCAAGACAACGGUGUACCUCGCCAACAUGGAUGACUUUGCUGCUAUGAAUGCCGUGUAUGGUCGUAUGCUGCCCGACCCCAAGCCUGCCCGGACCACGAUUCAGGCUGGGAAGCUGCCUGGCGAUUUCUUGGUCGAGAUUGAAGCUGUCGUUGCUCAACCACACUGCUGA